GGACUUGACAAUGUUCACAAACAAAAAGUUGCUGAAGUACUUAAUGAUCCAGAAAGUAUAGAGAGAAGGCAAAGCCGUGAGAGCCUUAAUAUUGAUGUGGUAAAGUAUGAGAGUGGACCUGAUGGAGGAGAGGAAGUGAGUAUGAGCUUAGAGUGGAAUGGGGAUGGCACUGGAUCAUUAAAACGCAGUGGUUCCUUUAGCAAACUUCGUGCUUCAAUUAGACGCAGCAGUGAGAAGCUGGUUAGAAAACUGAAGGGAGGAAGUUCACGAGAAAGUCCUGGCAUGAAGCGUGCCAGUUCAAUGAAUAUUCUUAACGUGGGUGGCAAAACAACUGAAGAUCAUUUUCAAGGACGAACUAAUUGUCUGACAGAUUCAAGAGUUAAGAGUGUCAGUCACACUGAUUUGGCCCACUGAGGUUCUGGAAGAGAUGCUAGCUAAAAAUGUUCGCGUGAAUCAUGAAGCACUGAGAUUUACAGGUUUUGUGGGUCCACAUUAUGAUCUUUUUAGCACUUUCUAGGUUAAAGACAUAACAGAUGGACUAUUCCUAGGUUCUCUUAAAAUAACUGUCAUUUUAAAGAAUCCUAGAGUUAGCAAUUAGCUUCUUUCUGAAGCAUGCUGAGUUUAUUGUAUUGUUACUAGCAAUUUGGAGUUGUGUUACAGAUAGCUGUAUAGCAGUAUUCAUAAACAGAGAAAAAUAUGCCCACAAAAUAGAAAAAGGAACUGAAGUACAAAAAAUGCAAAAGCUUUCCACAACGUGCUGUUUUAAAACUGUUACAGGAACAUCCAUUAUUAACUAUGUAUGCAUUUGCUAGAAUGAGAUUUACAAUAAGUUCAUCGCUGUAAGGAAUAAGGACUUUGUACACAUUAUAGAUUACAGAUACAAAAAUUGUCAUGUAGCUUAUGACAUUCAGGUUUUAAAUCAGGAAGGCAAGAUACUGGUUAAUUGGAAAGGAAUAACUUUGACACCUCUUGAAAAUGACAAUAGCCAAUUAAUUGUGGCUAUCUUCAGUUUAAAAAUUAAUGAAAGUGGUACAGUUUACUUUAACGUAGAAGAGAAAAGCAGAAUAAGCUAAAUCCAUCAGGUUUUUUGUCUUUUGAUUUUAAUCCCACAGAACUUUUCUUUUUUUCUCAGCCCAGAAUUAUAAGUACUUACUACCUCUUGAAUCUGACUUCUAUUUCAAUUUGGAGUGAAAAAGAGGAAAAAAUAAGUACUUUACUGUGAAGUUGUGGCUUGCAAGAGGGUCUCAUAAGAAAUUUGUCAGGAUAAAAAAAGCCUAUUAGUGGCAACUUUUUCAAUCUUCCAUUGAAUCUUCCAUUCAAUCGUUUUUCUCUUCUCAGGGGACUAGAUAAAAAGGAUGUUUUAUCUUUUUCCAUUUUGCAAUACUGUUAUUUGCAAGCAGGAACUAGGAAAUUUGUGCAAGUCAUGAUUGUAUACCAAGAAAAUUAAAUCUCUGGCCAGUAGGAAUAACCAAGCUAAAUUAAUUUUAUUAAUUUCUUGCAGUACAAUCAAUGUUAAUGUGAACUGCAGAGGUUAAAGCACUAAACGGAAUGUAUUCUAGUUUUUAAAAAAUUACAUAUAGCAAGAUUUUUGGUUAAGCAGUCCAGUCUUUAAAUGAAAAGUGAGAGCUGGUCAAUGCUGCUGACUAUGUAGAGGUUUUGUGAAAACAUUGCAUAUCAUUUGUAAAUAUCAGUGAAUUAUACUUGCUGGUUCACAGUGGAGUUGGUUAUAUUGUUCUUAACCAUCUUAGUUAAAUUCUAAAAUUCUGAACUGACUUUGGAAAGCAAAUAUAAAGAAAUCAAAAAGCUGAAGUAAGAUACAAUGACUCCAUUUUUAAGUUAUUGUAUUUGGCAUUCCUGUCUGAAAAGGCUUUACAUUACAUUGGUGGUAUAUUCUAAUACAAUUUCAGUCUGUUACUCAAAGUGGACUAUAAAUAUGCCUUAUUCAAUAUAUUUUUGAGAAUAAGAGCAUAAAAUCUAAAGCUCUUUGGAAUGAAAUGGUUAGGUUAUUAAAAUAAUACUAGUCUCCCUUUUUUAACAAUUUUUCCAUUUUUAUUUUCUUAAGGAGAAAAAGAUGCAUAAAUAAAAUGUUUUGUAAGGUAACAUGGUUGUGAGUUACAUUGUCCUUUGCAUUUAAUAACAUUUUUUUCAAAUGAAUAUUCAUAUUUAGCUUUAUAUUGUUAUAAAAUUACCUCUUGAAUGCAUGCAGCUUAAAUGAAAGUUGAAAAUAUAUGCUGCCAAAAAGGUGAAGGGGGCAGCCCUUUAAUGCCAUCUUGUUUUGAACUUAUAACAAAGUAUAGUAGUAUGCUUAAAGGAAUGAACCAUAACAGCUGUCUCUUCAUUUGGUGGGACUAAAAUUUUGAUCUGUCCAGUAGAAUUUAUGAAUACUGUUACUUUAUGUCCUCCAGAUGAGAUGAAAUAAAUUCUCAGAAUUCUUAGGUCAUCUAGACUUAAAAUUCUGGAAAUUAUAGGAAUAGCUAUUUUUAGAAGGAAAAUCUAGUAUAUUAUGUAUUAUGAAUAAGAGAAUUGACCUAAAAUAUUAAUAUUCUCACAUGGAAAUACAUAUUUGUGGCUAAUCUGUAUGACUGUGCUAAACUUGGUUCUUAGUCAUCUGAUUAUCCUGCCUUGCUUAUUAUGGAUCUAUCUGUGAAUAAGAAAUGACAGAAAAUAUUUACCUGAUACUUUUCUUUGAAGCAGUUUACUCAGUACAUUUGAUUAGAAAAAUGGAUAUACACAAAUCUAUGGCUGGACCAUGCUGUGAGAUGGGCAGUUGUGAUAAGCUAUCACUCUACUGAUAUACUAUUGAGGAAAUUAUGAAUAUAGUAUAUCUUCUGCAAUGUUACAUAAAAAUUACCAUAUAUUUCUAGUUCAUGAUACAAACAGUUCAGCCUUUCACUAAUUUAAGUGAGUAUUGUGGAAAAAUAAAUCACAUACCAUUCAUUUCAUUAGAAUCUUGUAUUUGGUACAAAAAUAACUUUUCUUUGUACAUCUGUUGUACCUAUUUGAAGAACUGAGUCCUCACCAGCAAAACCUAUUAUAAAGGGUUUUGUCCACUCUCAGAAGUAGCUUAAGCAACAAUCUGUGUUUUGUAUAACCUCUAAAGCACGAUUUCUUCCCUACCAAGUACACUUCUUCAUAAUAAAUGAUUUAAUCCUGUCUUAGAAAUGUAUCUGUGGAAACAACAGGGCCAUCCAAUUAAGUCCACAUCUGUCAAUGAAUCCCUUUUAGACCUCAUAAUUGUAAUCUGAAAAAUAAGUUUGAGGUGUUCAAGUGAAACAAAAGGAAAAGAACAUGAUCAAUAGCUAUGUGGGUUCUUUCUGUUAGGAAGAUUGCCAUUUCUCACAACGCUGUGGUAAAACAGCAGUGAAUUGAAAGCUCAAUUGCAAUAUUAAUCUAUCUGACAUCUGCACAUUAAAUGUCUUGGCAGCAACAUUAUUCAGAUAGAUUUUUUUCUCUUUAAUUUUAAUAUAGUAUAAGUGAUGGUGAUAAUCUAAAUUGCCCAUUACAUUAUACAUUGUCUUAGACAAUACUGUUCAUUACUACCCAAGUCACAAUUUUAUUUGUCUUAUAAAAUAAGUUGCAAUAUUAAAUAUAGUUUACUUAAGCUACAUCUAUAAUAGAUGUUCCUAUAUCUAUUUAGGAUGCUCAAGAAUAUAGUUAGCCCCAAGACAAGUCUUUGAAAGAAACAUUGGGGUUGGACUAGAAGACCUCCAAGGUCUAACUCUGAAGAAUAACUCUGUUAUUCUGUUAUCAUGGUGAUCUAAAACACUUGCCUUGAUUCAGUAGUUAUUCAUAUGUGUAUGAAAAAUUGGCAUUAGUAGCUUCUGGUUUCAAGAAAAUGCUUCAUGGAAAACAAUUCAGAUGUUUACUACAGAUAUCCUUCUUUGCAAGCAGGAAUGCUUUUUAGAUUUAACAAUGUUAAAUCAGCUGGCUUUGUGUUACACUAGUAAUUCCACUGAUUAUGGAAAAUUAAGUAUUUUUAUUAUAUAUAUUUCUGAACAGAUUGUGUAGUGUUUUACUGAAUUUGUUUACAAUGUUGAAAUACACCAAUUUGUUAACAAGGUCAAUUUUCCCACUGAACUCUGCUACUAUGAAAUCUGCUGAAGUACAAAAUACAUACUUGUAACAUAAAUUCAUGUAAAAAAUAUUUCACCAGAACAUGUUUAUAUUUUGCUGAAGUUAUGAAUAUUCCCUUUUAAAAAUAUGGAACUGUAUUUCAUUAUUGUAUAUCUCAAAAUUAAAUUAGAAAAAUGUUACUUUUAAAAACACAUUACUGUAAUUCUUAACUCAUGUGUAAUUAUCAAUGUGCAGUUCUUUUUCUUCAAAUAGUAAAUUAAAUAGUUUUUGUACCCUGUAUGUAUGACUUACCGCAUAACUGGAUGUAAUAAUGGCAUUUCAUCUGUGCACUUUAUGUAUGGCAGCACUCAUGGGGCUAUUGUGUAGAUAUUCAGCUAAACUGCUGAAAUGAGAGUAAUUCACGUACUCUUUUGAAAAUCGCUUAAGAGCACUUAAAGAUACCAUAAUCAGAGAAAAAAUCAACAAAGUAGCAGUUUUAAAAAAGGAAAUAAAUUGUAUAGGUAGUCUUCAGCUUACAACAGUUUAUUUAAUGACAGUUUGAAGUUA